AUGGCUGGAAACACUCCCAAAAUGGUUGCUUUAGCUGUGGUUCAGUCAUAUAAUCCAAGGCGCAAAAUCCCACGCAGUGAAAUCUCACUUCCUGAUUUGGAAAGCUGCUUAUCAAAAUCAGCAUUCUCAGCCGCUCAGAAUUCUGAUCUGCGAAUGUAUCGAAGUGCAGCAUCAUCUCAUUAUUGUGAAGUAAUCCUUGUCUCAUUGUUGGGAAAAACUGUUUGGAAAACCCAAUUGCUAUAG